AUGGAAGGAGAGGAAAAGAUCUCUGCCUCUAGAAGAAAGGUGAAUGAGAGUGGAUGGGAUGAGUAUAGUAUCCUCAAUGACAGUGGCUAUGAGAAAAGAAGCGUGGAUAAAGAAAACUCUUUAGAAUGGAAGUCAUUUGAAAAUGAAGGAGAUGGCAUCUCUACAAGGUCUCAAGGAAAUAUAGACUGUGGGUUGAGUGGAGAAAUAUCUUCUAUAAAGAGGCACAGAUGUGAUGUAGAAGCCAACAAGGAAAAGAAUGUCUCACAGGCCUUGAGAGUGAAGGAGAGUGUAACAAGAGCCCCCGAGCCUAACGAGAUAGGAAGAGAACAUUCCAUAGCAAAAGAAGCUUCCAGGAGAAAUGUCUCUGAAUAUCAAGAGGUUGUGCCAAACAUUUCAAGGCAGAGAUAUGAGGAGCACAUGAGAAAGGCAGAUUGUGUGAGUAAGGAAUACAAGCCUGGGGAUGAGGUGUCAGGGGGAGGUGGUGAAAGAACUCAGGAAAUACAAAUACAGAAGGAAGAAAACAUGAGGAAGGCCAUUAAGAUACAGGAGGAAGAUAUCCAGGCCAAGAAUCAGGAGAUUCUUCUGCUCAAAGAAAAAAUAUCGAGGCUUGAAUCAAAACUGGAGAUAGAAGGAAAAGAGUAUGUGCGGGGGUGUGUUCUCCGAGGAGAGGAGGCGAUAAGGAUAGUCGAAGAGGAGUUAAAGAAGGAAAGGGGAGACUUCCUAAAGAAGAUCGGAGAAGAGGCGGAGAAGACAAGAAUGCUAUUGAGGAGAAUUGAUGGACUCAAGAAGAUCAUAAAUGAACUAGUCCGGAAGAUAAGGGAAAUGAAGCAGAAAACAGAGGGAUCGAGGCGGGAGGACAAGCUCUAG